AGAGGCAGAGACGCCAUGACCCCCAACCUCACGGCCCUGCUCCUCCUCGGUCUGAGUGUGGAACCCAGGACCCAAGUGCAGGCAGGGACCCUCCCCACACCCUCCAUCUGGGCUGAGCCAGGCUCUGUGGUCCCCUGGGGUAGCGCUGUGAACAUCUGGUGUCAGGGGACCCUGGAGGCCCAGAAGCUCCAUGUGUAUAAAGAGGAAGGCUCAGUGUACCUGGACAGACAGCCCACACUAGAGCCUGGGAACAAGGCCAAGUUCUCCAUCACACACAUGACAGAUAGACAUGCAGGACGGUAUCACUGUUCCUAUCGAAGCCCUGCUGGCUUGUCAGAGCGCAGUGACCCCCUGGAGCUGGUGGUGACAGGAUUCCAUGGCAAACCCCGUCUCUCAGCCCUGCCCAGCCCCAUCGUGACCUCAGGAGGGAAGGUGACCCUCCAGUGCACCUCAUGGACGGGAUUCCAUAGGUUCGUCCUGAUGAGGGAAGGAGAACCCAGACCCGCCUGGACCCUCGACUCCCAGCGACCCACCAGUGGACAGUUCCAGGCCCUGUUUCCUGUGGGCCCUGUGACCCCCAGCGCCAGGUGGACGUUCAGAUGCUAUGGCUAUUUCAGCAACACCCCCCACAUGUGGUCACUCUCCAGUGACCCCCUGGAGAUCCUGGUCUCAGGUGUGUCCAGGAAGCCCUCCCUCCUGACCCAGCAGAGCCCCGUCGUGACCCCUGGACAGAGGCUGACCCUCCAGUGUCGCUCUCACGUCGGCUAUGACAGAUUCGCUCUGUACAAGGAGGCGGCACAUGACCUUCCCCAGCACCUUAGCCGGCAGCCCCAGGCUGGGCCCUCGGGGGCCGACUUCCCCCUGGGCCCAGUGAACAGCUCCCACGGGGGCCGGUACACGUGCUAUGGUGGACACAACCUCUCCUCCGAGUGGUCGGCCCCCAGUGACCCCCUGGACAUCCUGGUCACAGGACAGCUCCCCUCCACACCCUCCCUCUCAGUGCAGCCAGGACCCAUGGUGGCCUCAGGGGAGAAUGUGACCCUGCUGUGUCAGUCCUGGAGCUUUGUGGACACUUUCCUUCUGUCCAAGGAGGGGGAAGCCGACCCUCCCCUGCGUCUUAGAUCAAAGUACCGAGCUGGACAUUACCAGGCCAAAUUCUCCAUGAAUCCUGUGACCUCAGCCCAGGGGGGGACCUACAGGUGCUACGGCUCAUACAGCAACUUCCCCUACCUGUUGUCACACCCCAGUGACCCCCUGGAGCUCCAGGUCUCAGGAUCCUCUGGAGAGUCCGGCCCCCCAGCCACAGAUCCCAGCUCAACAGCUGGUCCCAACCGGUACCUGUACGUCCUCAUCGGGGCCGCGGGGGCCUUCGUCCUGCUGCUCUGCCUCCUCGUCGUCCUCCUCGUCCGUCGCCGGCGUCAGGGCAAAGGCAGGAAGCCGGGGGCCGCAGACCCAGAGCCCCAGGACAGAGGCCUGCAGGACAGCUCCGGGCCAGCUGCCGCCACCCAGGAGGAGACCCUCUCAGAUGCCGCCGUGCAAGACGCACAGCCUGAGGAGGGGGUGGAGCUGGACCAGCGGCAGGACGCGGAGGAUGGAGACCCCCAAGGAACGACCUAUGCCCAGGUGAGCCACUCAAGAUCAAGACUCAGUCGGGGACCGGCCACUUCUCCUUCCCCCCUGUGGGGGGGAUUGCCAGACACAGAAGCAGAGGAAGACAGGCAGAUGGACAGUCAGGUGGGUCCUCUCUUCUCCAGGCUCCCAGGCUCGCCCCACCCCAACCACACACCUCCCCUCUCCCUCCGCCCACUGCAGGCUGCCGCAUGUGACGCCCCCCCAGAUGUGACCUACGCCCAGCUGAACCGCUUGACGCUCAGACGGGAGACGAGUGCACCCCAUUCCUCCCAAGCCGGGGAGCCUCCAGCAGAGCCCAGCGUGUAUGCUGCUCUGGCCAUCCGCUAGCCCAGGAAGGACCCACAGCCCACACUCCAGGGAGGGGACCGCGGGGACCCCAGGAGGCGCAGGAGCUGCCCACAGAGGCCGCCUAAUGGCCCCAGCCAGCCUGGACUCCUAACAUAGACCAGUAAGAACUCCUGGGACCCUCUGGGAGUGACCGGAUUCUGCCAUCAAAGAUAGCUAGAGCCCCUACAUUUUGGAAACAAAGCAACAGACUUCUCGAUAAUCCGUGAGUGAAAUAAGAAAACCAAAAUGGAAAUGGGAGAAUGCUUACGCUGAAUGAUAAUGUAAAUGUUACACAUCAGACCUAUGGCGCAGGAAAAUUAGCAACCAGGAACGAACGUAUUAGAAAAGAAAAAGCCUAAAAAGUCAAUGGCAUAAACUAUUGUACCAAGAAUUUAGAAAAAAUAGCAAAUUAUUCCAAAUGAAGAUAGAAGGAAGUAAAUUAUAGCGAUAAGAGUAGCUACUAAUGAAGACAAACAAAAAAUAGAGCAUAAUCAAUAAAGCCCAAAACGUUUAUUCGUGAAAACAUGAAACAUAUUCAUAAAUCCUAGCCACAAUGCCAAGAAAGACAGAGAGAGAGAGAGAGAGACAGACAGAGACAGAGAAAGAGGACAUUAUGAGCACAGCAUCACAUCCUAUAGACUUUAAAUACAUAACAGAAUUAUUGUUUAUUUUUAUUACUUAUUAUUAUAUUAUUAAUGAUUUUGUGCUAAUACAUUAGAAAAUGUAGAGGAAAUGGACAAUUCUCAAAAAUGCAAAAUGAUGGAACAGGGAUAAACAGAAACUCUAAAUGCCGUAUGUAUAAAAUAUGUUAAAUACACAAUUAAAGUUUUUUCCACAAAGUGAACUGAGUCCGGAAAGUUUCACUGAUGAAUGCC